CAUGUACAGUCAUUGCUCCUUCGUGUCAUGUGUUCAGCAACCAAGCCUCUGACUGGUCAGCAAGACUUCCGGGACACCCGGUUUUUCCUCAACGAGCUCACGGAUUUGCCGAGGCCCGGAGGAGGCGGGCCCGAGAACCGGCUCAUGGUGGGGGGUGGGGGGAAGAUGGCGGAGCUGAUGCUCCUCAGCGAGAUCGCCGACCCGACGCGCUUCUUCACCGACAACCUGCUGAGUCCGGAGGACUGGGACAGCACCUUGUACAGUGGCCUGGAUGAAGUGGCCGAGGAGCAGACGCAGUUGUUUCGUUGCGUGGAGCAGGAUGUCCCGUUUGACAGCAGCUCUCUGGAUGUGGGGAUGGAUGUCAUCCCCCCUGAGCCCCCUUGGGACCCUCUACCCAUCUUCCCAGAUCUUCAGGUGAAGUCUGAGCCGUCCUCUCCCUGCUCCUCUUCCUCCCUCAGCUCAGAAUCCUCACAUCUUUCCACAGAGCCCUCCAGCCAGGUUCCUAGAGUAGGGGAGGUGCUGCAGGUAAAGAUGGAGUCCCUGGCACCCCCGCUCUGCCUGCUGGGAGAUGAUCCAGCGUUCCCCUUUGAAACAGUCCAGAUCACUGUGGGCUCUGCCUCUGAUGAUCUCGCAGAUAUCCAGACCAAGCUAGAACCCGCCUCUCCGUCUUCCUCUGUCAACUCCGAGGCCUCCUUGCUGUCAGCAGACUCUCCCAGCCAGGCUCUUAUAGGAGAGGAGGUUCUGGAAGUGAAGACAGAGUCUCCGUCCCCUCCAGGGUGCCUCCUCUGGGAUGUCCCAGCCUCUUCACUUGGAGCUGUCCAGAUCAGCAUGGGUCCGUCCCCUGAUAGUUCCUCAGGGAAAGCUCCUGCCCCUCGGAAGCCUCCACUGCAGCCCAAGCCUGUGGUGCUAACCACAGUUCCGGUGCCACCUAGAGCUGGGCCUGCCAGCACUGCUGUCCUUCUGCAGCCCCUGGUCCAGCAGCCCGCAGUAUCCCCGGUGGUUCUCAUCCAAGGUGCUAUCCGAGCCCAGCCUGAAGGGCCAGCUCCGGCAGCCCCUCGGCCUGAGAGGAAGAGCAUUGUCCCAGCCCCUAUGCCGGGGAACGCCUGCCCGCCUGAAGUGGACGCGAAGCUGCUAAAGCGCCAGCAGCGGAUGAUCAAGAACCGGGAGUCAGCCUGCCAGUCCCGCCGCAAGAAGAAGGAGUACCUGCAAGGCCUGGAGGCCCGGCUGCAGGCCGUGCUGGCCGACAACCAGCAGCUGCGCCGGGAGAAUGCUGCCCUCCGGCGGCGGCUGGAGGCCCUACUGGCAGAGAACAGCGAGCUCAAGCUGGGGUCUGGAAACAGGAAGGUUGUCUGCAUCAUGGUCUUCCUUCUCUUCAUUGCCUUCAACUUUGGGCCUGUCAGCAUCAGCGAGCCACCUCCAGCUCCCGUCUCUCGGAUGAGCAGGGAGGGACCCCGACCCCAGAGGCACCUGCUGGGGUUCUCAGAACCAGGGCCAGCUCACGGCAUCGAACCCCUCCAGGAAGCUGCCAAGGGCCCUGAGGAGCAGCAGCCCAGCCCUGCAGGCAAGCCCAGCUUCAGAAACCUGACAGCCUUCCCCAGUGGGGCCAAGGAGCUGCUGCUGAGAGACCUGGACCAGCUCUUCCUUUCCUCUGACUGCCGCCAUUUCAACCGAACUGAGUCUCUGAGGCUUGCUGAUGAGCUGAGUGGCUGGGUCCAACGUCACCAGAGAGGUCACCAGAGAGGUCGUCGGAAGAUACCUCAUAGGGCCCAGGAGAGACAGUCUCAGCUACGGAAGAAGUCCCCUCCAGUGAAACCAGUCCCCACCCAACCUCCAGGACCCCCUGAAAGGGACCCCGUGGGCCAGCUGCAGCUCUACCGCCACCCAGGCCGCUCACAGCCGGAGUUUCUAGAUGCAAUUGACCGGAGGGAAGAUACCUUCUAUGUUGUCUCCUUCCGAAGGGACCACUUGCUGCUCCCAGCCAUCAGCCACAACAAGACAUCCAGGCCCAAGAUGUCGUUGGUGAUGCCAGCCAUGGCCCCCAAUGAGACCGUGUCAGGCCGGGGGCCCGCUGGGGACUAUGAGGAGAUGAUGCAGAUUGAGUGUGAAGUCAUGGACACCAGGGUGAUUCACAUCAAGACCUCCACGGUGCCCCCCUCACUUCGGAAGCAGCCGUCCCCGUCCCCAGGCAAUACCACAGGUGGCCCCUUGCCAGGCUCCGCAGCCAGUCCGGCCCGUCAGGCCUCCCGCCAGCCCCUCUACCUCAAUCAUCCCUGACUUCUUCAGCCCAUAUUGGCUUAGAACCGGGUUGGGGAGCCUGAUCCUGGGGCUCGGGGCAGUUGGUAAAGGAAGGUGGGGUGUGGGGAUUAAGCACUUGGCGGGACAUGGGUGGGUGGUUCACCUCUCUUCUCACUCUCUCCGGAAUAUAGAGCUCCUCUGGUUCCUGCACCCCCAGUCCUCUUUCUCCGAGGGCACUGCGUGAGGGUGGCUCCUGUACCCUCUUCUGUACCUGUACCUUUAUCUAUUCGGGAGUAAAGGUGGGACUUGGUCCCCAGGUGGGACAAGGGAUGGUCUCGGGUGGCACAAGGCAGUUAUGUGUGUGCAUAUCUUUUUUAUUAUUAUUAUUAAAUAAACAACUUGGAGGGGUGUAAAGGAA